AUGGCCGACAGAAAACAGUGUGAACUGUCCCUUGCGAAGCGCCUUCAAGGCACAAUACCACAGAUCGAAAAAGUCCAAUCUCUAUGCCAAGUCCCGUCGAUAUCCUUUGGUGUUUUGCACAGGGGAGAGACGUUUUGCCACUCUAUAGGAUAUCGCGAUGCAAACCUGACGCUCAAAGCCGAUUCGGAUACCAUUUACAUGCUGGGAUCAUGUUCCAAAAUGCUCACAUCCGCCGCAAUGGGCAUUCUCGUCGACGCCGGAAAAAUGAGCUGGCAAGAACCGGUGCGAAAAUACAUUCCCAAGUUUGGACCGGUCGGCGACCCACACAUUAGGGAGCAGGCAGAUUUCAUCGACUUGCUUCGUCAUUCAAGUGGCAUCGGCGACGCAGGGCGCCUUUGCCUCGGUCCUUCUGGGUCGAUUCUUGUGGACGAAAAUGACCUAAUCCCGCUCUUGAACAUGAUGUCCACGUCCAACGAUCAAGGGCAACGGUUCAAUAAGGACUGGGCGUACAACAAUAUCGCUUAUGGGAUCGUGGCCAAGGCCAUUGAAAAUGUCAGCGGUCAAAGAUUUGACAAAUUCGUGAAAGAGCAAAUCUUGCAGCCUCUCAAAAUGACUCGAACAGCGGUGGCAAAGUCAGAUAUCGUGUCCGAUGACAACGUCGCCUCUUCGUGUGCAACUCUAGCAAAUGGUCAGUUUGUUGAGCUCGAUACUUCCUCUUGGCCAUGCGAGGAUGUCAGCCCAUUGCUGGCAGCAGCAGGGAUCCGGAGCAGUGUAAACGACGUACUUAAAUGGUGUGCAGCGGUCCUUUCCGCCGAGAGGAAUGAGCUGAGUCGGAUGAGCCAAGGCAAACACGCCAAGUCCUCCUCAGCUACUGGGACCUUGAUGUCCCCGGGCAACCCGCUAAAGCAAAUGACUCGGGUCCGUCGUGGAUACUGGACUCGUCCGGCAGACGACCCGUCAACCAGCAAGCAUGCAGCUUACUGCAUGGGAUGGGUCCGAAUGGAGCUUCCAUCGUCAACACUUAGCUCUUUCAGUGGCAAUAGUCUUUCUCGGAAAAAGGACUACCAAAUGCAUAUCAAGCCCGAAUUUAUACUUGGCAAGGGAUCUAACCCAUUUUUGAUGAUUGGGCAUUCCGGGGGCAUGCCAGGCUCUCUUGCAACAAUUUGGACCUUCCCCGAGACACAAAGUGCAGUGGUGGUAAUGACCAACGGUCGUGGUCUCGGCGACGCGAGCGAUUUUGCAGCGCAAAUUCUGACUCAAGCAUUGUUGGACUUGAAUCCCCAGAUCGAUCUGUUUCCAUGGGUAGAACUGGAGACCAAAUUGGUGCGAAACUACUUUGAGACCGACUUGCUGGCCCCCUGGAUGGAAAAUAGGUUUUCGGAUGAUUUGCAGCGAGAUCCAGAGCUGUAUGUGGGAAACUAUGUUGGCUUCAGGGGUCUCUUUGCCAUGAUCGUCACGAGGAACGCAAAUGGGGACCUCGUUGUUCUAUUCAACCAUCGUCAAGCAUCCAGCAGCCCACUCAUAUUUUAUCGUUGUGAUGUUUAUAGUUUCUUCACUCCGGACUACGACUAUUGGGUUACAAGAGGAGCGGCUGUGAGCAAAUAUGAGGAGACCCUACUUGAAUUCAAGCUGGAUCAGGCCCAGAACCGAGUGGAAGGUCUUCACUGGCUCUGGAAUUCAGAUGAGGACCGGGAGUGGUUUAAGAGAAUCGACUAG